CGAGAGCCGGCGCGCCGCGGAGCCCGUCCGCCCGGGGUGCGCCGCGGGAGAGCUAGGUCCCCGCCGCUGCGCGGCUGUCCGGCGUCGGCGGUGUCGGGAGCGCGCCCGGCCCGGAGCCGGAGAGGCGCGCACCAUGAGCGGCGGCGAAGUGGUCUGCUCCGGAUGGCUCCGCAAGUCACCCCCGGAGAAAAAGUUGAAGCGUUAUGCAUGGAAGAGGAGAUGGUUUGUGUUACGCAGUGGCCGUUUAACUGGAGAUCCAGAUGUCUUGGAAUAUUACAAAAAUGAUCAUGCCAAGAAGCCUAUCCGUAUUAUUGACUUAAAUUUAUGUCAGCAAGUUGAUGCUGGAUUGACAUUUAACAAAAAAGAGUUUGAAAACAGCUACAUUUUUGAUAUCAACACCAUUGACCGGAUUUUCUACUUGGUAGCAGACAGUGAAGAGGAGAUGAAUAAGUGGGUUCGUUGUAUUUGUGACAUCUGUGGGUUUAAUCCUACAGAAGAAGAUCCUGUGAAGCCACCUGGCAGCUCCUUACAAGCACCGGCUGAUUUACCACUGGCGAUAAAUACAGCACCACCAUCCACCCAGGUGGAUGCCUCCUCUGCCGCUCCACCUCCUCCAUAUCAGCUCAUUAGCCUUCCACCACACCUGGAAACCCUUGGCAUCCAGGAGGAUCCUCAAGACUACCUCUUGCUAAUCAACUGUCAGAGCAAGAAGCCCGAACCCACCAGAACGCAUGCUGAUUCUGCAAAAUCCACCCCUUCGGAGACAGACUGCAAUGAUAACGUCCCUUCUCAUAAAAAUCCUGCUUCCUCCCAGAGCAAACAUGGAGUGAAUGGCUUUUUCCAGCAGCAGAUGAUGUAUGACUCUCCACCGUCUCGGGCUGCAUCCAUUUCCGUAGACUCCAGCCUUUAUAACCUGCCCAGAAGUCACUCCCAUGACGUCUUACCAAAGGUGUCUCCUUCAAGUACCGAAGCCGACGGAGAGCUCUAUGUUUUUAAUACCCCAUCCGGGACCUCGAGUGUAGAGCCUCAAAUGAGGCAUGUAUCUAUUAGUUAUGACAUUCCUCCAACACCUGGUAAUACUUAUCAGAUUCCACGAACAUUUCCAGAAGGAACCUUGGGGCAGACGUCAAAGCUAGACACUAUUCCAGAUAUUCCUCCACCUCGGCCACCGAAACCGCAUCCGGCUCAUGACCGAUCUCCUGUGGACACGUGUAGCAUCACACGCACAGCCUCUGACACUGACAGUAGUUACUGUAUCCCGACAGCAGGGGUGCCACCGUCCCGUAGUAAUACCAUUUCCACUGUGGAUUUGAACAAAUUGCGAAAAGAUGCUAGUUCUCAAGACUGCUAUGAUAUUCCACGAACAUUUCCAACUGAUAGAUCUAGUUCACUCGAAGGCUUCCACAACCACUUUAAAAUCAAAAAUGUAUUGACAGUGGGGAGUGUAUCAAGCGAAGAACUGGAUGAAAAUUAUGUCCCCAUGAAUCCCAACUCUCCUCCACGACAACAUUCCAGCAGUUUCACGGAACCAAUUCAGGAAGCAAAUUAUGUGCCAAUGACUCCGGGGACAUUUGAUUUUUCUUCAUUUGGAAUGCAAGUGCCUCCUCCCGCUCAUAUGGGCUUCAGGUCCAGCCCGAAGACCCCUCCUAGAAGGCCAGUUCCUGUUGCAGACUGUGAACCACCCCCCGUGGAUCGGAACCUCAAGCCAGACAGAAAAGGUCAAAGUCCUAAAAUUUUAAGACCCAAACCCCAUGGUUUAGAGCGAACUGAUUCACAAACCAUAGGUGACUUUGCUACAAGAAGAAAGGUCAAACCAGCACCUUUAGAAAUAAAACCUUUGCCAGAAUGGGAAGAAUUACAAGCCCCAGUAAGAUCUCCCAUCACGAGGAGUUUUGCUCGAGACUCCUCCAGGUUUCCCAUGUCUCCCCGGCCGGAUUCAGUGCACAGCACGACUUCAAGCAGCGACUCACAUGACAGUGAAGAGAAUUAUGUUCCCAUGAACCCAAACCUGUCCAGUGAAGACUCAAAUCUUUUUGGCAGUAAUAGUCUUGAUGGAGGAAACAGCCCAAUGAUCAAGCCCAAAGGAGACAAACAAGUGGAAUACCUAGAUCUAGAUUUAGAUUCUGGGAAAUCCACGCCACCACGUAAGCAAAAGAGCAGUGGCUCAGGCAGCAGUGUAGCUGACGAGAGAGUGGACUAUGUCGUGGUUGACCAACAGAAGACGCUGGCUCUGAAGAGCACCCGUGAAGCCUGGACUGAUGGGAGACAGUCCACAGAGUCUGAAACGCCAGCCAAGAAUGUGAAGUGAAAAUGCCGCUUUGAUGUCUCUGAACAAAAGAGGACUGAGCUGUAAGGAGAAAUCCUGUUUGACUGAAGAUAACUUGACCCUUGUACUCUAGGUAGACCCUCAACUGAACAGAGUCGAAGUCAGAGGACCUUUCAGACUUAAUCAAGCCAUUGAGCGUGUAAAUGGUGCUUUGUGGUAUCUGAACAAUUCAUCACAUGUAAAUAAUGUGGGAAAAUACUGUUGUUUGGUUCCCAGAGAAACAUUUGUUUCGUAGUUAACACACUUGUAGUAUUACUGUAUUUAUGCACUUUUCCAUUUAAAGCAUUGGUUUGGGUAUUCCCGAAUGGACCUUAACAUGAUUCUGUUGGGAGUUCUUGUUUUCCUCACACUACUCUUAAGAACAAUGCUACGUGAACUAAGCUACUUUCCACUGGGAAAUUGCUCUUUCAGCUGCAGGGUAACAACAGGACGUGAGAAGUAGAUUCACAACAUACCUUUCUACCUGAAACUUAAUGGGGUAACCGUUAGCUUAAACUACAAAGUAGAGUUGGACUCAUCAUUCAUUGCCUUCCAAAGUGCUAAGCAUCAUGUACCUACUGGUGUCAGGACUUUGUUCUCUGGUUCAUGGACAUUUGGUUUUCAGUGGUGGGACUUUCUUGUAUUUUGUUAAUUACAGUGUUUUGGGCUCAUUACGUGAAGAUUCUGCCAGGUGGGAUCUUACACCUUGGAAAGAGUGAAUAAUCACACUAUCAAGUAAGCGUACAACUCACUGAUGGCAUGUGGUGACGAUGUGCUCUCACAUUUUCAACAUGUAUUAAACUUUACGUUAUUUGCAAAGUGUAGAUUAUAUAACUAAUCAGGUACGUACCAGGCACUGAUGUGCUAAUACAAUGAUCAGGUUUAGACAGUGAGCUUUAGUUGUAUUCGUGUUAGUCCUCUAAUGCUGGUUUCCAGUUUGGAAUUAAUGGCACAAUUGACAUUCACUGUUAGUUAUAGCAACAUACUGUGAUUUUUAAUUAGACAGUCAUUCAGAUUUAUUACUCUAAGAAUGAAAUUCUGUCUUUUGACACCAUAGUGCCCUAUGAUUUUUUUUUUAAACUUUACUUAAUAUUCUUCUUGGCCUUAUCCUAUUUAAAUCCCUAUGCAAUUAAUAUUUUAUAUCUGCAUUUUUUAAAAAAAACAGAUGUUAUAUAAGUGAUUCUCAUAUGUAGCACCUAUUGCUUUUCCAGUAAAAGAAUUAAGGCUUGUGUACUGUGAUUUAUAUUCACUGCCCCAAUUCAAGAAAUAUUGGAGCCUUGCUAUAAUGUGAAAUCUUAAAGUCAUGGACCUCUUCCAACCAGAUUUCUGAAACCACCAGAGGUGUCGUAUAAUUCUUUCUCACCUAUAACAUGGUCCUAUAGCAAGACCACACAUUAUCUAUAGUAAGGCUACAAUUUAUCUGUCUUGGCUUUGCAAUGUAAUUUAGAAAGCAGGUAUAGUUAUUGGUUUGAUUGGUUUUUAACUAAGUUACAUACAAUCUCUUAUGUACUGAUUUGAGACUUACUAACAGUGUUUGGAGGGGGCAUAGAGAUUGAAGAGCCCACAGCUGAGGCAUGUUUCCCUCCAUGCAGACCUUUAAUGUUACCUGAGUACACAGAUGUGCCCUGAUUUCUGGCCCCUUGGUCACCGUACUGUGCCUAAUCAAUGUAAUGGGUUUAUGUCCCCUCCAUGAGCUAAAAACGUUCAUAACAAGAUGAAUUGUAGACAAGUAACAUUUAAUGCUUUUAAAUGUUUGCUUCUUUUUAAACAAAAACUAAAACCCAGAACUGAAUUUUGAGGUGGAUUUUUAAAUAAAAAAACAUUGUUUGAGUUUGCUGUGAGUAAGCUGUUUUAUAAUGAAACCACAAAAUAGAGUCGAAAAUCAUUGAAAUGUGCCUCAACUGCCAAAACACAUAACGCAGUUGAUGUGUGAAGAUACCAAAUUGUGUUGCAUGGAGGAUAAACAUACUCUGAGAUUUAGAACACAACAGUAAAUAUAUUGUUAAUUCAAAAAUCUUGGGGGCUUCCCUGGUGGCGCAGUGGUUGAGCGUAUGCAGGGGACAUGGGUUCGUGCCCUGGUCCGGGAAGAUCCCACAUGCCGCGGAGCAGCUGGGCCCGUGAGCCAUGGCCGCUGAGCCUGCGCGUCCAGAGCCUGUGAUCCGCAACGGGAGAGGCCACAACAGUGAGAGGCCCGCGAACCGCAAAAAAAAAAAGAAAUCUCGUUUUAAAAGCUACCUAUCAGAAGAGUCUAAGGCAAUAAUGAACUUUUUAGUGUAAUUUCUCAAUUUUUUGCAAGUUACCAUUUUGAAGACCCGCAGCACUCAAAUCUGUAGAAUUUUCCCAUUACGCAGAGUAAUUUAAGAAUUGAAAAUUAGGCAGUUUGUUAAACUAAAUCACAUUAAACAUUGCAUUAACAAAUUAAAUGAAAAGACAGUCUCUUAUAGAGUGGUAUUUCCCAAAGAUUUUUUAGCACUAGAAUCUCUUUUAAGUAAACUCUUGUGUAAGCCCAAUAUGUAAAGCCUGGAAAGUCCAUUUGAUCAGUGUAACUGUAUUUUGAGUCCACAUUUAUGUUUACUUGUCUUAGAACAUUACUAAGAAUAACAUUUCUAAGUAACACAAAUGUGAAAUUGGGGUUAUAGAUAGUUGGUGAAACCUUAGCUACCAGUCUGUUUCUAUGCCUCGUUUUAUUCACAUGCUAUCAAGCGAAUUUUACUUCAUGCAAAUGUAAGUAAGUACAAAUAAUAAUAGGGUUUAAACACACAUUUCAGGAGAUUCUUUAACUAGAAAUAGAUAAAGUUGUAUUCCCAGGUUUAUAUAAACGUAAAUUAUCCUGGUAGUGGAAGUUUAUACAUAAGCAGACUCCAGUGUGGUAAAAUAGUGUAUGUAACACAUUAGAAUGUGCAUUUUUACUAAGUUUUUAAACUACACACUUUUAUAAAAACAAAAUUUGAAUCAAACUCUUUAAUACCCCUAAUCGCCCACAAGAAGCUGAGUUUUGGCCAGGCAUGGGUUGAACACCACUGGUUAACUGUGUAACAGUUGUGUUAUAAAUCAGAAGUUUUUUUCUCCCACGUUUGAUGAUCUCUACCUUUUAUUCCUUAUUUUGAAAAACUGUACAAUUUUAUGAAAGUUUGAAUACCAGUGCGCAGCUCUGCUUUCAAAACUCAAAAUUCAGACUUGAAUAAUGUAAGCUAUUUAACCCACAGGAUGCAUCACCUUAGAAAGCUAUAAAAGUGGUUUUUAUCUACACUCUAUACGUUUUCAUCUGUAUUUUUAUCAAUACCAUAUAAGCUACUGUGAGCGUUUUAGAGAAUUCCAUAAAGGUACUAUGAGUGUGUGUAUGUAUAUAUAGCAUUGUAUUUAAUCAUAGACUAAGUUUAAUUUGAUAUAGAAAUACUGCCAUACUUGUACAUUAAUGUCAUAAGUCAUAAUUCCCUCUGGACUCUUUAUAUUUAAUUCAUCGGAGGUCGUAAUCUUCAUAGUCAUAAAUGCAUUCAAACUGGAAAUUGAACACCAGUGUUUGUUUUUCUUUUUCUUUUAGUGGGAAGUUGUCUGCUUUCCCCCUUUAGCAAAAACAGUAUUUUUUAUAUUUUGUUAAACUGUUGACUAUUUUAUGCCUGUACACUAUACCAUAGGCAUAAUUCUUAGAUAUUCCCAAACACUCUUAGUGCCUCCUUAUUUGGCGCAUUGAAAGGAUUGGUGUUAGUAUUUCAAAUGAAUUAUCCUUUAAAAAUAUACUAGCCUUAAACAGUUUAGAAACAACAAGGGAGACGGAAUCUUUUUAUUCCUAUCUUUGGGUCAUGUGGUAGGUCUUAUCCUCCAUUGGUAGAUAAGCAGUCAGGUCUGUAACAGGAUUGACAUAACAUGACCAAACCAAGUGGAUACAGAGAGAGAGAGGGGCAUAUCCCAGGAUAACAGUUAUUGUCAAUAACAUCAGCUAUAUGUAAAUCUGUAUAUAAUUUAAAAUACCAACAACUAUGAGGUGAAAAAGCCAUGGUGCAAAUGAAUGUUGUAGACAUCAUGGACUUGUUCUGAUGAAAAAUCACUUGUCGGGUUGUUGAGAUGAUUGGUUUUAAUCUGACUAAAUAUGUUUAUAUAUCACUACAGCUUGAAAUAAUUUAGUUCAUCCUCCAUAGACUUAUCUUUCUUUAGGAUCAGUAUAAUGCAUAUUGUGAGUUUCAACAGACUGUUUCGUCAAGGGAUUAACAUAGCUUCUAGCUUCCUUUACUAAAAAGAUAUGGCUUUGUGUGAGUUCUUGUAACCUAAAUCAAUUGUUGAUAAUCAUUCCAAAUUUCCACAGCAAAAUCUUAUGUAUAAACUUAUUUCUCCCCUCUUGCACAUCUUCUUUUGUAAAGAUCCUAUUGUAGAUAUUUUCUGCUACCAAAUAAAACUUUUCAAACAA